CUCUAAACUGAAAUUUGUUUGCACACACGUGAGCUCAAGACCAUUUGUUUAGAUUCACCAUGGCAAACGAAUCGUCGAUGACAACAAUUUUUUCUGAUUUUCAGAAAUAUUUAAAUGAAGAACAAGAAAUAAGAGAGGAAAUCCGAGUGCUGGUGCGUGACGUGGAGCAGACAACACGAGAAAUUCAUACACAACUUCAGCUUGUGCACCAACACGGGGGAAUCAAGCAAGUGCAGGAGUACUGUGAAAAGGCUGAAACUUCAUUUGCAACACUGAGGGAGCAAUUCAGAAAAUUGGCUGAGGUUGUCCCAGCAGGACAGUACUAUAGAUUCCAUGACCAUUGGAAGUUUUCUAUGCAAAGAUGCUGUUUCUUGUCUGCUUUCAUUACCUACCUUCAAACAGAAAAACUCGUAACAAGGGAGGAAACUGCUGCAAAAUUAGGAGUUCAGGUGUCCAGGGAGAAUGGAUUUCACAUGGACCUUGAUGACUUUUUAAUAGGUGUUCUUCAGGUAGCAAGUGAAUUGUCACGUUUAGCUGUGAAUGCAGUUACUGCAAGUGAUUAUUCUCGACCAAUGAGAAUUGCUAAAUUUGUCGCAGAAAUGGAUGCUGGGUAUAGACUCUUAAAUCUAAAGAAUGAUGCUCUACGGAAACGUUUUGAUGGGUUGAAAUAUGAUCUAAAGAAAGUAGAGGAAAUCGUAUAUGACCUCACCAUAAGAGGUCUCAAGCCAUCAGAGGAUCCACCAAAGGAAUGAAGGGACCAUAACUCUGUUGUACUUGGACUUUGAUUUGUUCAAUGUUUAAGGGGUAACAUUGAUAGAAGACUUGUUUGGCAUUAUGCAGGUGUAACUGUUGCCAGUUUGUUAGGGGAGAAACUAUAAUUAGAUUUCUCUAUACCUUACAAGUCAGAAAGUGGUUCAAUCAGAAAUUGAGCACAGGGUCAAUAUUCUUUGUUUUAUGACAAUCGGACCAAUAACAGACAAACAGUUCCUUAAAAAAGGGGUAAUCAUCUUUACCCACCAUAAGCUAUUCUUUAUCUAAUUCAAAUUCAGUACAAAAGCAAACAAAGUCCAUUGCUCAGUGCAAUGAGAAUUAGAACACCUUGACUAGGUGUAUGUAACUCGAAUGGUUAGACUGUCCACCUAGAGCUAUGGGGUUCAAGGUUCGAGUCCUGGUCUAGUUGAAACAUUUUUCCUCUUCUAUAAUGUUUGGUCCGUAUAAUACCUCCUCUGUAAAGUUAAAGAUUAUGUCUCCCAGGCUUAUUACUGGACAUCUGAGGUUAAUCACAACUCAACUGUUCAAAUCUUCCUGUAUUUCUUUUGUAGAGAGACAGUCAAUGUAUUGAAAAGUUGUUAUAUGUGAAAUAUCUGUUCUCACUUGUAAUUACAGGCUUGGGGAAUACUUGAUAUAUUAAUAAAUUAUCAAAUCACAUGUAGUUGGUUCAGCUGUCCCACAAUAUUAUCAGGCUAGUUUUAGGUGGUUGGAACCAUUCAGACUAUUCUGGGAGAGUCCAGAGUUUUAGGUAGUCGGAACCAUUCGGACUAUUCUGGGAGAGUCCAGAGUUUUAGGUAGUCGGAACCAUUCAGAUUAUUCUAGGAGAGUCCAGAGUUUUAGGUAGUCGGAACCAUUCGGACUAUUCUAGGAGAGUCCAGAGUUUUAGGUAGUCGGAACCAUUCAGAUUAUUCUAGGAGAGUCCAGAGUUUUAGGUAGUCAGAACCAUUUGGAUUAUUCUAGGAGAGUCCAGAGUUUUAGGUAGUCGGAACCAUUCAGAUUAUUCUAGGAGAGUCCAGAGUUUUAGGUAGUCAGAACCAUUUGGAUUAUUCUAGGAGAGUCCAGAGUUUUAGGUAGUCGGAACCAUUCAGAUUAUUCUAGGAGAGUCCAGAGUUUUAGGUAGUCGGAACCAUUCAGAUUAUUCUAGGAGAGUCCAGUGUUUUAGGUAGUCGGAACCAUUCGGACUAUUCUAGGAGAGUCCAGAGUUUUAGGUAGUCGGAACCAUUCAGACUAUUCUAGGAGAGUCCAGAGUUUUAGGUAGUCGGAACCAUUCAGACUAUUCUAGGAGAGUCCAGAGUUUUAGGUAGUCGGAACCAUUCGGACUAUUCUGGGAGAGUCCAGAGUUUUAGGUAGUCGGAACCAUUCGGACUAUUCUAGGAGAUUCCAGAGUUUGGGUCUCUUUGCUACCACCCUGCUAUGGAGUAUCUAUUUUACAGUUAUCUCCCCUUUUAUGGUUGGAUAAUUCAUCAGCUGAUAAAACAGUGUCUGUGUUGCUUGCAACAUUUUUAAGAGCAUAGCAAUAUCAAAGCAGAUGACAUUAUAACAGUUUACAGCUAGGGGCCCUAGACGGGGAUAUGAUCACUUAUUUGACAUACAUUAGAAGGGAUAUAUAUACCAUAUCCCUUGAAGUGCAAAGGUGAGCAGACAUUGCCUGCAGCUUUGGCUAUAGAUGGGAUACUACCACUAAUAAUAUGGAAUAGUGAACUGUAUUUGAAAUAAAGAUAGGAUUUAAUUGUACUGGAUUUCCUGUGUAUAGUUACCGAUAUGUGUUGUUAAUGUGUUUCUUGUCUGAAGUGUUUGACUUACCAUGUAUUGAAAAUAAAGCAAACUUUAUAAUGAUAA